AUGUUUAUAUCGGUUCAAAACAAGCAAUCGAGCUACGAGACAACCCUCCCCAUUGCCUUGACGAUCAUUCUCUCUGUCAUCCUCCUCAUUCUCAUCAUCGUGCGAGUGGUACAGUGCUGCCAGGAGCGAAGGGCAAAGAGGCAUUUAAAGGAUCGUAAUAAGCUGCACCAUUACCUCUUGGUCUACAGAGGGGUUGGGGGUUGUGAACUUGGACGAGACACCUCAACACCACUAUGGUGGCCGCAACCGCGGAGGCUGAGAGCCUGUAGAGCCAAAGCGAAGGAUCACUCAUUAGAGGAGGGUGAGGAAAAGGAGAAGCAGUCGAAGACAUCUGCGCCGAAAAAGCGGGGGAAGUUAAUAAAGUUGAGCAAACACAAGGAGGCUACCGAUGGCGCCGACGCAGCACCUAUCGUUCCAGCCCAUGAAAAUGGUUCCUUCUUGCAGAGUGGUAUUCGGACCCAUCCCACGAGACGGGCCGAGAACAAGUCGUGGUACGACUCCAAGGUAAUUCCUUACAUUGACGACGGGGGCGCCUCACUUGACAACCUUUACCUACCCGAUAAAGCGAUUCAGGAGGUCGUGUGA